AUGUAUGCUCAUAGUAUUUUGACCAUUUCCAAUCAAGCGUUGAUGAUUAAUAAGAAAAAGAAUGUGGAAAUCAAUAAGAAUAAUUUGACCAAAUGCAAAGAUUGUCAUUUUUUAAAACGUAGUAAAAAAUGUGAAUCUUCUUCAUCUACUCAAGACAAAGAUGUGGUACCUAUUAUAGAUAAAUUUAGAACUUCCAAAACUUGUCAUUCAGAUUUUGAAAGAAAUUUUACGCCUUCAUUAAUAGGCUGUCAUGGUGUUUUAGCUUUCAAAAGCUGCGGGAUGCUAUGGCAACGUGAUUGCAACGCCAUUUUUACAGUCUACAUUUCAUCCGAAAAUACUGAAUCUUCGCUAUGGUUCCCUUGA